AUGGAGGAAAAUUAUUCAGAUCCCUGGGACUUUGCAUCAAAAAUGGAGGAGACACUGUCACUUGUGAAACAACUGCAGAAUGUGGGAAAUCUGGAGCCGAAAAUUGAAGACCUAGUAAAAAGGAUCAAUAAAUUGCAGCUAGCCAAGAAGAUAUUAAGUGAAGAGCUCUCUGAGGCAAAUAAGCAUAGCAAUACACUGCAGAGGGAACUAGAAAAAUUGAACGCUGAGAAGUCAACACUUGAAGAAAUACGGAGUGAGAAGAAAGAGGCCCGGAAACUCAUGCAGCUGCAUUGUGAAAAGACAGAAGCGGAAAUGCAGAGGCAGCAGAAACUGAACUUGGAAUGUAAGCAGCGAAUUCAGGAACUCCCAGCCAAGAUCCACGAGGAGAAACAAAAGCAAAGUGUGCAGAGACUGGAAUUUGAGCAGCUACUUGAUGAACUGAUGGAGAAGCACAAGAGUCUCUGGGAGCUUUAUGCCAAGGAGAAGCCAGUGGCUGAAAUGAAAGAGAGUAAGGAGCGUUUGCUAGUUGAAGAAAAACUGAUCCAGGAGAAACUGACCCAUGUUCAAGAUGAAUUAGAUUUGCUGAGCAAGUCUGCCUUAAGUGAGGAGAGGAAAUUCCUGAAGAGCCAGCAAGCUGCAGUUGCCCUGGAGCUAUUUCAAGAGGAAAACAAGAAAGCAAAAGAAUAUCUGGAAGCAGCCUCCAAAUGCAAUUCUGAUUUGCAGCAGAGGUGCAGCAGGUGA